UCCGCAACGCGUCGUCACACGUAUCGCGCCGGCCGGUCGACCACGACCGUGCAACCACACAGUCCGUCAACGCGUAUGCCGCCGCCGUGUACUCCCGCGAGUGUUAGCCGUCCGGUGUCCGACCACAAUAAUAAUAUCAUCAUCAUAACAAUAAAUGAUAAUCAAUCGUGAUAUACGUUACAUCGGUCGUCAGUGAAUUUUUCCGUUUUCUUUAUCCGUCGGAUUUUUAUUUCGUUUUUCCUUCACCGUUUCCAGCCGUCCCGAGACACCGUUCACAAACGCUCGGCCUUUGACCAUCACAGUUAGACGCGUCCGGGGAUACCCCGCUGGUAUGAAUAAUUAUUGACGACGACGACGGGAUAGCAGCGACGCGAGACACGACACAACUCUAGUCAACAGACAUGCGAAUGACGACGUACGGCAACGGCGACGGUCGACCAGCGGCGACAUGUUGAUGCACCAUGUCAAGGCAUGGACGCUCUAAACAAUACGGUCCGGAACCGCCGCCGGCGGCCGUCUACACCAAGCCGCCGCCGCCGGUGCACGGCAACAACACGUACAACGGCCGCGCACAUCACCAUUACCAGCAGCAGUCACAACAGCAACAGCACCAGCAACUGCUGUUGCAACAGCAAUUUUACGGCACGCAGCAACAGUCAAACGCAGUGGUCGGAUCUAGGCCCCCGUCGAGCAGUCAUCACCAUCACUCGUUGCCCAGAAAUGCCUGGAGCGCAGACAGACAUUCUCCGGCAGCCGGCGGAUCUUCGUCGAACAGCUCGAACGACCGGGCGUACGCCACCCGCCGGACAAAGCACCAUCGGGUGUACAACAGCCAUCGGCAGACGUCUCGUGGCCACCACAAGAGUGGUGGCGGCGGCGGCGGCGGGGGGGCCACCACGGACCCGGACGCCUUGUCGUCGGUGACCACGGCCGGCAUCAAGUACAACCCGCUGCAGCAACCUCCCCCCCAACAGUUGAACCACCAAUCACUGCACCAACUGCACCACCAGCAGCAACUGCAGCACCACCACCGGCCGCAGAUGGCACCUGCUUGGCCACCGACUGAACCGCCGCCGUCGGCCGUUCACCAUCACCAGCAGCAACAGCAGCAGCCGGCCACUGCCGCGCAAUACUUGCCGCAGCCGCCACCGCCACAGUUACCUCCACAGAACACCGCGGCCGCGGUUUUGAGGCACCACCACCAGCCACCGGCGGCAGUGCCACUGUUGCUGCCCUCGUGCGACGUGGCCGUCGACGCCUGCGGCGGCCACUGUCCGAGGUUCGAAAACUUUUGCCAUUUCUGCUUGUUGGUGUUUUAUUUCGCGGGCAUCACGGUGGGCUUCCUGUUGAUCAUGGCGGCCGUCGUGUCCACCCGGGAUCCGCGGUUCCUCUACAUCGGCGGCCUGGUGCUGCCGGUCAGCGCGUUCCUGAUGGCCGUCCAGUGCCGGGUGCGGCAGGACGCCGACCGCCGGAAGCGGAACAGGCAGCUGAACGGCCGGCACCACCACAGGUCGAACGCGGGCGCCCUGAUGGUGAUCAACAACAACAACAGCGGCGGCGGCAACCAACACAACGGCGGCGGCGGCGGCGUCGUCGUCGGUCAACAGUCGGGCCCGGCCGCCGGCGCCGAGACCAUACCGCUGCAGAACAUCGCGAUGGCGCCCGCCGGCGGUGCCGAUAACGGCGGCACGCUUCGCCGGCAGUUUCAGGGCAACGUCUACCAGUACGUGGGCCAGAGGGACGGCGACAGCGAGGCCAACUAUAACGCGGCCAACGGCCAUCACUACGAUACGACGUCCGAAAUACAGCAAAUCGAAGGAGUGCCGUGGUGGAGACGAGAAGACAACAGACCGUAUCACAACCGCGCCCCUUAUCCGUAACCAACCGACACUGCACACACACGCGUCUCCGUUAUCAACUGGUCAUGAUUAUUAUUAUUUUUUUGUUUUUCUAUAGCUCCCCAUUGAGUUUGUGCGUGUAUGUGUGUGUGUGUGUGUGUGUGUAGGUUAAAUAUUAUUAUAUUAUAUACGAUUUGUAACUACAUUAAUUAUUAUUAUUAUUAUUAUUAUUAUUAUUUUUUGAAACUAAGUUUUUGUUCUCGUCCCGGUGCUUUGGGGCGACGUUUGUACACAUAUACAUAUGCAUACAUUAUAUUAUUAAACAACAUUACGUGUUUCGAUUGAAAUAUGUCUCCGCUGUGCCAAUGACUAAACCCUCCGAUAUCGGCAGUUGUGGGGGUCACAACAUUAUAAUAUUAACAUUGGUGUAUUUUGGAUAGGUUUCGAGCGUACUCGAUUAUAUGAAUAAUAACAUUUUAGCGUAUAUAUACUCAUUAAGUUCACAACGACACGUUGGUCUUGGUAUGCCUAUUCGAAAUCUCAAUGACGUGGACAAAACUGUCUAAGAUUAUUUGCAAUUUUCAUUUUCAGAUGACAGAUAUACUUGUAGUAGAUAUUAUAUCAUGCGACUAUCAAUAAAUACUUUGAAGUUUCAUAAUCUUUUGAUAGAUGGGUACCUACUAACUAUUAAUUUUUAUCCUUUAAACAAAUAUACGCGUAUAGGUGUAAUACGAUUACCUACUUAUAUAAUAAUCUCGAGAACAGAUGUGUGAAAAUAUAAAAUUUUCGUUUCUCGUUUUAGGAAGAGUACUUCAAGAAUUAUUUAUCCAAUACCUUCCCAAGUAUUCUAUACCUGUUUUUUAAUUUGCACGAUAAGGGCUUUGAGACUGUAUUAUAUUUGAUGAAGUUUUUUUUUACCGUUGUCACAUACGUUCUACUUACGCGAAAAAGGGUGUAUAUUCACGAAUUUGUUUAGCAAUACGUCAUCGUUGAGUACCUUACCUACCUACCUAUACCUAUUCAACGACCUUCCGAUCGGAAAAAAAAGGUACCCACUGCCGGCCGCGCUCAAUAACGAUCUCUCAUGUACGACGAAACGCAAUAAACAGUACCGUAGCGGAUAAUAAUGCAUAUAAAACUCGAUGUCAUGAUAUGUUACAGUCGAUUGACGGGUCAUAUAGGAGGUACGUUUUCCUACACUCAAUACUGCGUUAUAUUAUUAUGUACGACGCCUAUAUAUCGGAACGGUUUCACGGGAGAAAAGGACGCCGAGUCCUUGAAACCGAAAACCUUGUUAUAACCACAAAUACAAUUAUAAAAAAUACAUAUUUUUAAUAAUAACACCAAACAAAUAUCGUCUUUGGACUAUUGAAAAAAAAAAAAAUAAUAAUAAUAAUGAUGGUCAUAAAAUCAUAAUCGACGACAACCUUGCGCGCGAGUUAUUGUGGCGUGGCAUAAAAAUAUCGGUGAAAAUACAAUAGGUAUUGUAGGUGGGUACUUCAGUACUUGUAGCGUUUGUCCUUUAAUAUUUCGUCUUUUGAGUAAAAAUAUAAAACCCAACACCCGAUAAAGGAGAAAAUUGAUCUUAAAAAUCAAAACGACGCAAAAGUACUCUCUGGUCAACAAAUUCUACAAAAAUCAUUGGUGCGGACAACAGUGAAAUUGCGCACAGAAGAAAACUAAACUACGAUUAGGAUAUUUAGCGUGAAAAUUACCACUAACUAUCGUCGGAUAAUAGAUUUAUAAUUUGUUUGGUUUGUUGAUAAAUUUGUGGUUGAUGUA